AUGUCGACAGGAUCUAAUGGUGUCCGGCGCAUUGUGUCGCUGCUACGCCCGUCUAGACUCGACUCUGGGGUGUGCACAAGCUGUCGAGAGACCUUGGGCCGCCGCAACUAUGCCUCAGCAGCUACAGAGACCGCUUCGCCGUCUGAAUCCUCUUCUGCCACCUCCACUUUCCCCGUAGUGGGCCCCUCCUAUACCAUCAAAGCCGGUGUGGUUCUUUCCCGGCCACCUCAGGUCACACGCGAUCUCGAGCCGUUCGAGAAAGCCUACUACUUCUACCAGAAGCGCCUGAACGAGCGUCUGACCCUCCCUUUCACCAAAUACUUCUAUUACAAGCGCGGCACUCCGGCAGACGAGGACUGGAAGAAGAAGAUCCUGGACCGACGGACUGCGUCUCGAGACAUUGGUAAAUACAACGCGUACGACAACGACGCAUGGAACGACGAGCUCCUGCUUGGUGCUCAAGAGUCUGAGCCUGGGCACCAGGUCGAGAUGCUGGUGCAGGACGCCGAGUCCACGGCCAAUGCCACCUCCCAGGAUACCAGUAAGAAGGAAGAGAUUCCGCGUCCACACCCGCGAGUGACGGAGGCCGACAAGAAGGGUGAUCACAAGAGCUUGAACCGAUUGUUGCCCCGGACUUUGUAUCUGCUUGUCCGGUCGAAGGAAGGAUUCUGGAAGUUCCCCAGCUCGCCGGUUGAGGUGGGCGAGUCUCUUCGCCAGGCUGCCGAGCGCACCCUUGCCCAGAGCGCGGGUGUCAACAUGAACACCUGGAUGGUCGGUUAUCAUCCCGCCGGACACCACGUCUACAACAACAUCAAGCCCCGAACCGAUUCCGCCACCGGAGUCACAAAUGCCGGUGAAAAGACUUUCUUCAUGAAAUCCCGCAUCAUGACAGGCCAGGCCGAUAUUUCCGCUAACCUGCAGACGCUGGAGGAUUUCAAGUGGUUGUCCAAGGACGAGAUCGCGCAAUUUGUGAACCCGCACUACUACAGCAACAUCAAGAACAUGUUGUCUGAUCGGUAA